AGCGCUGUUUCUGAACUAAGUUACUGCAUAGCCGCAAAAAUCGUAUUACAAUUGGACCAAACAAGCUUGUAAGUUAAUGUGUAACUUUUAAUGGUCUAAUAUUUUCAUUGCAUUUUCUACUCUCCAUAAAAUCGCCUUUUGUGCUCGAGAAAUAUAGCAAACAGUUGCUUUAAAGCGACUAGGAUCCAGACGCAAGUGUUACGGACAGAAGAAUAUCAAAAACCAACCACGUCAGCAGAAAUAUUUUUGUCAAACAGUACUACAGUAAAUAUAGCACUUUAAGUAAGUGUGUCACACCCACAAUUUAACCUAUGGACCAGUUUUAGCGGAUAGAGCUGUACGCUAGUUUACAUAGGACGCUUAUCGCUUGUCGGAGAUGAGUCGGCCAAGCAGAUUGGAAUACUCGCACCACUGUCUGGAACUUGUGGACGAUUCAAGUGUAGAGGAAUGCCAAGCAUCUCAAACAGCAUUGAACCAACGAAGACAGCUUAAUAGUUUCAACGAACUUAACGAUGAUUAUAAUUCCGUUUGUUCACAUCAAGAUACUGCAAAUAAGCGAACGGUUGUUGCCACUAUACUUACGUCGAGCUCCAAAGCAAUGCAAACUCGUGAGGAUCGCUAUAGAAUUGCUGACACAGCGGAUCAGCAUGAACAUAAUGCGUAUGAAAACGUCCAAGCAGAGUUUUACGCAUUCGCGAGAGCAUAUUUCGAUGAAGAAAAGUACGACGAUGCACAACGAGCAUUGGAAAAGCUGUUGCCCUGUGCAUGCGGUAGCCUGCUGUUGCAAGUGAAGAUCGCCAUCGUUAGGUGCAUGCUUGGGAAACGAGCAACGGAAGAUAUUGGUGACUUGGUACACGACCUUGUACGUGAAAACGAAGCCGUUUCGUGCUGGGACAAAGCUAAAGUUAUAGAACAACUGCGACUUUUAUCUCAGAAACUUUCCAGCUGUGGUGUGUGCGAAGAGGCGCUGAAAGUAUUAAAAUAUUGUGCUGAGAGUACACAGUGUAUCUCUGAUCCGAAUAAGCGACUGUUUGAACUUGUAGAAACUGCUGGAGCAAUACAACACGUAUGUGACUGUGACACAGACGCGUUUCAUUAUUGCAAAACAGCCGAGGAGAUUCUACAACUCCUGGACGCCAUCUACCGACAGGUUUCAAACAUAAAAGAGGUCAACAAAAAAUUUAAAUGCCGGCAAACAGUUUGGUGUCUUAAGUACUUUGGCUACUGUUGCAACCGACUUGGUAAAUACAGAAGAUCAGUGAACGUUCAUAAACAUGCUAUUCAACUAAUGGAACGACUUAUAGCGAUGUCACUUCUAUCUAUCGGAUGCCGACUGUCCGGCCUUGCUGAUAAGUGA